ACAUCGUGUCGGUUUCGAUUACAAAGCACGCGCUCCUUUUGUUUACAAAGUAGACGCUUCGCUUAGUUCUCCAUCAAAAGAGGAGUUUUCUUUUUGAUAUGGUUUUUCUCUUCAGUGUACGUAUGGGUCACUUUUUGAGUUUCGUGACCUAAGUUAUUUCAGUACACGUACAGACACCGACACCGACUUCAUACUGACUUCAGAAUCAAACGAAAUUGGCACCAACAUGCAGUCCCUCGCCACCGCCUUGGCGCGAGAAGCGGGCGAGGCGCUGGCCGAAUCGGCCACGCCUAUCAACUGUACAAAUGUCUGGGUCUGGAAGAAUGCGCGAUUUGUGAUGCAGCUUUUCCAUGACCCAUGAAGCCUUGAAUGCAGGACCCUAGCAUGACAGAUUCUGUGCAAUCUCUCUCAUGCCUAUCCUGCAUGAGAAACUCCCUCCCGACUUGGUCAAAACUGGACGACUUUUGGUAAUCAUGCAACACAGAUUUUUGCAUGCUUCAGAUUUAGCAUGACAAGUUGCAGCAUUCUUCCAGACCCAGACACUUUUACAUUUGAUAACACCUUCUGCAGAGCAUUUGGACUCGGUGAAGAAGUUUCUGACGCUAUCCUGAGUAAAAACGUCUCCUCCCCAGAGUCAAGAUGGCGACUUCGCUACAGAAAGCAGCAAGUUUUGGCUGUUGCGCAUUAAUACAAGUGUGAGCUCGUUCUCGUGUAGUCCUGUUUAGCGUGUGCACCUCCAUGAGAAAAAUUUGAGCACCUCGCCCUGAUUCGAGCUUGACAAGUUCCCAAAUAGCACGUGAAAACUCUCCUCUUGGGGUUGCGCAUGACAAACGUAUCAGACAUGCCACUUUGCAUGACAACACCGAGGUGGGGCCGUUUUUUCUUAGAAUAGACGCACAUUACGGUCAAAGACGACUUGAUUGCCGGCGACCACAUCUACACCUACCGACUGGCGUACACGUAUUCUCACCACGGGAUUGUGGUGUGGCCGACGGAGGGGAUGCGGAAAGUAGGGGAAAGAACAAGCCGGCCGCCCGGAUCCGGAAGGAGCGAACAAUGUCGUGUCGUGGCAGUAUCGUCGCACGAAGAAGACGGGAAAACAUCGCCAGGACAUCCAUCGGGAGAGCACGAAGCUGCAGGGGCUCUUUCUGAGCUGGACAAGCAGGAAGUGCUAGUCGCGCACUUCAGUGGCUGGGUGUCGCGUAUCACAGGCGAGAUUUUUGCCUUUGAGGCCAUUGGGAUGUGUGAUGUGGCAGAAGGUAGAAGGCAAGAAUUGUUUGAUGCAAAGUUCAAAGUGCAACAAGAUGCUUUAUUCGGUUGUUAAAACUAGCUGCAGGAUCGACUGAUUAAUCGCGCUGCCAGGCUACAUUUUUUUCUUGAUUCGAUUUCUUUUCUAGUUGCAGCUGUCUACACAACCCAAACAUCCAAUGGCGCUACCAUCGGCGAUUGUCCGCGGACUCGAUACUUUCUCGACGGAUUCUGGUUUCGACUCUGGAGGAAUUUUUGAAGGAUUCGCAGCACGCGCACCGGGUGAAAUACAACGCGUCGUACGGAGAAUCGGCCAUAAAGCGCGCCGGCGUGGCGCACAACGAAAAGGCGGACCCGGCUUUUGUGACCAUCUUGCGGGCGUUGUCGCUUGUGGAGUUGCCGAUCGCGGAGGUGGAUGAAGAUGAAAACAGCAAUUUUCCACACGCUGAUGCAGCAGAUCCUCUUAGCGUUAGCACUGCUCACCAGCAGGACCCGGUAAUCUCCGUACCGUCAACAACAUCUUACUACAGCAAAAAGCCGCAAAUCGAAUACGACCUUCUCGUGCGCAAUUGCGAGCUGAUGGCGCAUUGGUGUAAAGUCGGCUCGGAGAAGUGCGGUUGCGAUUUUCGGACCAGUCGGUCCUACAGUGUGCAAACCGACCCGAAACGGAUGCUGAAACUCGCUUUACUCGCCGGAGGCACCGUAUCCUACGAAAAAACUAUUUCACUGUGAUGAUUUUGCAAGACACUGCAUCCAAAGUUUGUUGCACAUGACACAGGAGAAAAUUUGCCAUGCGCGGCGCUGCACUCCAAGGGAAAACGUGCUUCAUAAUGUCUUCGUGCAACAUGUCGGGUAGCAAGACAAACGCGCCUGAGAGGGACGACUUUGUGCAUCACAAGGUUACAGAUUUUUCUUGCGAUACAGUGCGACCGCCGCCGCGGCGGUGGGUUCGGUGGUGGCGACGGGUGCGGUAUCCAGGAAAAAAAGUUUGUAAGUGUAACUAUCUUUGAGGAACAGCAUCACAAAUUUGCUCUACAUGACAGAGAAAACCUGUCAUGCAUGGUUUGUAAGGGAAAACACACACGAAAAGAGGACUUCAUGGCUGUCUGGCAUGACAGGUGUGACUCUGUUGCAUCUUCUGCAGCACAAGUUUACACUUACACAGUUUUUUUCGCAUAUGCGGCGGUGGGCGGGGGCGCGAGCUCCUCGGCCGCGGGAGCGAUUGCAGCAGCGGCGGGCUCGGAGGCGGUGACCGGCGGGGUUGCUGCUUCCGUCGUGUUAUCGAGUGCCAAUAUGUCUGGGUCUGGAAGAGUCGGGGCUUGUCAUGCACAUUUUGCAUGACCCGUGAGGUCUGUGAUGCUGGUGCUAGCAUCACAGAUUUUUUGAGAGCUUCUUGAUGCAAAUUGCGCAUGAGAAAUGCCCUCUCCGCGUGCCAAGAACUGACUCCUCUUGCUGCUCAUGCAACACAGAUAUUUUUAGAAUCCACAGACAGCAUUACAAGUUCCACUCUUCCAGACCCAGACAUAUUUGCAAUCCAUAGGUGUCUCAAGUGGCUCGGGCCGCGGGGACCGUAUCCUGAGAAAAAAGUGUUACACUUACACACUCUGAUGGAAGACCAGCAAGACAGACAAACAUGCAGGAAAUGCUUGCCAGCCUCAUUUUAUUCGUGUUUUCCCUUGUAGUCUGCGCAUCACAGGUUUUCUUGACCAUGUCGAGCAACUUUGUGAUGCAGAAACUCCAGCAAAUGUGUAUGUGUAACACUUUUUUCUUGUGAUAGACCGGAGUGGUCAUGUAGUGGAGUGAAAAGAGCUAGGAUCAUGUCUACUUCGCAUUUUCUUGUUUGUGUCAUUGUUCCCAGACAUGCAAACAUACGUAAAAGUGGAAAUCUUGAGAAACUAUCGCUUGACAUGACACAAGGGCAUAAAAAUGUCCACCAUGAGAUGAAGCUGUUUCUGUUUGGUAUUUCGUUUUUGCAUACUACAUCCGUAUUAGAUUUUGUUUUCACGCUGCGCUGAUCAAUAAAUUCUAGCUACUUCAUUCCUUUUGAUAUUCUGAACUUCGGGAAACGAGCAAUACAAGCGGUGAAAGAGCGAUACACUUCUUUAAGUCCGGCGAGAAGCCGGAGAAGCAGUGCAAGUAGUAGUGGCGAUCCCGGCACGAGGCGGGGCAGCGGGGUGGAUUUGGAAACCAGCGACACAGGGCGGGGGGGAAACGGCAGGAGGAACUUCACCGUCGAACGCGAAGAACAUGAACAGUCACAACCCGGAGUAGAACAAGUUGAAGAACCAGCAGUUCCAGCACCCACUGCUUCGCCCACCCUACGCAUGCAGGGGAGACAGAUCGUGCCUUCGCCAGCGGCGCCGGCGGGGGCAGCAAAAGUAGAAUCGUCUUCGAUUCCCGGCGCCGAAGGAUCGUCUGGACUGCCUUCCCGACGCGCCUCGUCAGCCUCUUCUUUGACGGUCGUUAGUGCUGCAACUACUACACAACGCCAAACAGACGAGCAAGUGCUGAGCCACGACUUCUUCCUGAAGUUGCGACACGAAAAGUCGGAGUUUGUGAUGCGGAAAACCUAUCUGCAAAUGAUCGAUGCCGCUUUGUAUUAAAUGUAAAAGUGUCUGGGUCUGGAAGAGAAGAAGUUUGUCAUGCACAUUUUCCAUAAUCCAUGAUGUCUGUGAUGUAUGCCAUAGCAUCACAAUUUUUUGAGCGCCUAUCGAUGUGCAUCCUGCAUGACAAAUGCCCUCUCCGCAUUGCCAAAUUUGACUCUUCUUGCUGCUCUGGCAAUACAGAUUUUUCUCGCAUCCAAAUGCAGCAUCACAAGUUUGCAUUCUUCCAGACCCAGACAUAUUUGCAAUGCAUACUUUGCGGGAGUGCGACCUGCAGAUUCCGCAGGUGCUUUGGGGGUUGCUUCUGCCUCCAGGGGAUGAGAACACCAGGAGAAGUGCUGGACGCGGCGAGCAGGGUGGUGUAGGCAGUUCUUCUAUCCUGAGUAAAAACGUACCCACACCAGAGUUGUAAUGCAGAUUUGCAAAGACAGGAAGACUUGUAAUGCGCAUCCCCAUGAGAGCCAUUUCCAAUCGUGUUUUGGAAUUUGUGAUGCUGUGAACAGGAUGAGCAGAUGAAUCUGUGAUGCGGAUGCACUUGCUAACCUGCACCACACUGCAUAGUGCAACUUGUCAUGCGUGACUCACAAAACUCCUAGGUUUGUGUUGCAAAAUCCUCAUCCUGACUCUGGUGCGGGUACGUUUUUACUCAGGAUAUCUUCGCAUGCUGCUCCUGAAGCACGAGUUUCUCUUGCUGAAGCCCAUGCACAGCCAGGAAGCGCAAACACAAGAACAAUCCAUCCGGCGGUUUUCUGUGAAAUGCUGGUGCAAGCGAUAGAGGCGGAAAAUAAUGAGAUCGAAGAUAAUUCUCCUCCGUCUGCGCAAGGGGAUCUUAAUUCUUCUCGCUCAGCUUUGGUGGAAGAAAUAGUGGGCAUGGAUGCGAGGGUUUGGAACAUGCAAAAGUUGUUGCAGGUAAUGAUACAAGUGAACGCGACCUGAUCUAGUUUCGACUUGUUGUAGUCCCCGCACAGCUUUGUACUUUUGUUUCUUGGAUAUGGAUUUUGAUCUUGAACAAAUUUGGUUGACGUUUCAUACAUAAGUAGGCUUUUUUUUCAGUAAGUACAACCUAUGGUAU